CCGUUUCCUGUAAAUCCAAUUGUCGGUGGGUCCGAAUUUUAGUAGACACGGUAACGGGAAUUUCACAACUGAGUAUUUUGCCGUCAUCUCUAAAAACUCUUUCAAUUUUUUCUUUCGUCUUUUCCAUUUACCCAUUGCGUGUGUGUGCGAGAGUAGAGGGUUUCUGUUGUUGUUUGUGUGUGCUUGAUCAAUAUUUCGCGUGAUCGAUUUUUUUCCGUCGUGGGGGCUGGCCUCGAAACGUGUUUGUAUUAUCGACCGCUAGAUGGCGUUUGAGAAGACCAGCUGUUGUGUGUGUCAGCACUGCUGCUGGUUGAGUCGACUCACUCGGCGGUAGCUGGCAGUUGCUCUUAGACUAGUCGAGUGAAAACAAGUGAAAACGAGCCGCCCACUGCAGAAAAUCCUGACUCAUCUUAAUUGUGUUUCAAUUAAAAAAGUGAAGUAGUCGCACAGUGAGAGGAGAGAAAUGGCCAGUGUGGAUGGAUAGAAUUGAAUUGAUGUCAGAUCCCCUCGCGAUUGUUCACAAACGAAAUUUCGAGGAUUAUGGUGUUUGAGUCGUAUGAUGGCCGAAUGCUACGACCAAGACUCAUCAGAAGAUCGCUACCGUCUCCUGCACCGCCGCCUGGCCACCGCCUAUCGACCGGCACCUCCUCCACCUGUCCCACCUCAUCCGCCAGAUGAUGACGAGUCGCAUCAGCUUCCGGCACCACCUGUUGUCGCCGAGUCCGCAGUGGCGGCCGCCCAGCUCUUUGGAGGAUCGUUCCAGUUUAUUGUCCAGGAACAAGCCAAGUCCAUGGUGGCCAUCCAGGAAUUGCAACAGGAAGUUGGCAGUUUACUCUUGUUCCGGCAGGCCGUUUUAGCCGCUCUUCCGCAUCUCCACCAACAACCCAACAAUCUUUUAGCCAAAGGCAAGAUCACCGCCGUCGCUACUGCCGUUGCCACCACUAAUAAUAAUCCCAUCGCUGCUGCUGCUACAACGACAAUUACUGGAGGACAGAGCUGGACUCGCCGGAAGCAACAACACUUGCAGCAACAGCAACAACAGCAAUUGACUGGCGGGGGCGGCUAUCGAAGCCUUCAGGAUGGAUCAUCGGAUCAGCCGACGGCGUCGGCCAUUAUUGCGUCAUCGUCGAGCAACAAUCCGGUGGCGGAUUCCGGUUUCAGCACCGAGGCCAGCAACAGCAACACGAGUCCGCGCAGCAGCCGAUUCGACACGACCUCGUCGUCUGAAAUGACCAUGUCCCACCACAGCGGCCAGCAGCAGCAACAACAACAACCGCAACAACACCAGCCCAUGGAGAAGGAGCUGCUCCAGCAUUUGGAGCGUGUCCAGCAGCGAUUGGCCAGGCUCAGGAAAGACGAGGACCGUCUGCAGACGCUGUUGAAUCUGAAGCGGAUGGCCAAUGGCAAUUUGGCCACCACCACGACGCCCUCGACGUCCAGUGGCCACGACGACGGCGACGAAUUGUGGCACCUCCUCGAAGAAAUUCAAUUGCGGAGUCAGGCCAUCCGCAGCAACGACGGGCUGGCCCUCAAGGACGCGGUGAACAAACCGGAAGAGGCCAUCCAGCAGCAACAACAACAACCCAUGAGUCAUAAAAAGCGAGUCAGUUUUCAACAACAACAACAUUUACUGGAAACAGAAGGCGGUGGCGGUGGUGUGAUUGCCUCAGUUGAUGGUCUUCCGUCGCCUGCGGGCAAAUCGUCAACGGGCCCAGUUGUUGUUGGUAGCAGCAGCACGGCGUCGUCUAGCGGCAGCAGCAGUUCGUCGUCCCGCUACCAGCCGCCCAGCCGAGACCAGGUAGCCACCAUCCUGAGGCUCACCAAUCCGGUUCAACUGCAACGCCACCUGCUCCGCGCUCUGCUGGACAAUCAGACAUUGCGUGAGCAAGUGGAAAAUGGAAGAUGCGACGCCGAGUCACGCGACGCCCAAUGGCGCAACAAGAGCCAAGUGGCCGUCGAGCAGAUGACGGCCUUGCGCGACGAAAACGAAGAUUUGCGGUUCCAGUUGGAAGAACAGAAAAUCGAACUAGAAGGGACGAAGGCGAGAUUGCGGAUGCUCAACCGCGUCCCUUCGCCGUCCAUCGCCCAGCAGCACCGAGUCAACGGAGUCAACGGAGGGCCGGCGGUGACGAGCGUCCGCGUUCGGGCCACCUCGACGCAGACGGAGCGGCCGUCGACUCUUCUCCUUCAUAACCAUCCGGCCGCCAUGUCGUCGCCCGUCCUCUUGCAGUCGGUCAAGCAAAGUCAAUUGCACAUGAGCCAUUUCAGCCAGGGCACUCAGACGAUGACGGCGGCCAUGAUGACCGGGCCGGAAUUAUCUCCGGAAGACAACAACAAUAAAGUGGUUGGUGGCGUCGGUGGCGUUGGUGGUGGCAGGGCGUUGCCCCGGGUGGUGGACGCCUCGCCGAAACCCCCGAAAUUGCUGUCGAAAUUGGUGGAUUUGGCCCAGGGCAACGGGAAAGUGAACGGCUCGGGCAGCUCGUGGGGAGAUCCGGACGAGGAGCGUCCCAGCGUCGAGGGCGGCCGCCGCAGUUAUUCCAGCCGCAUUCCGACGCCCAUCAAACCCACCGUCAUCCCCGUCACCACGACCCUGCUGUCGGUCACUCCCACCGCUCCCUCGCCAUCAUCCAGCGCCGCCGUCAAUGUCAACAACUACAACAACAACAACAACAGCAGCAAGGCAUUGCCCUCCACGUCCGUUGGCACUUUGGCAGCCGCAACGACUCCGUCCAAAAGGGAAUUGCCGGACAUUCCGGUGAUGAUGACCACCCCCAACAAGAUGGCGACCGUCCUCCACUCCACGAAAUCCUCGACUCCGCAACAACUCGGCUCCAAACUCCAUCACCACCACCACCUGCAGCAACAACGAGGCAGCAAAUCGGAACCGGCCAAUGUGCCGGCCACAACGAAGGUUCGUUUGCCGCUUGGAUCGUCUCACAAAUUAAGGACCCGAUUGGCUCUGACGGAUUCGCUGUCGUCGUCUGAAGAGCAGCAGCCACACCUUCAACAGCAACUGCAGCCGGAUAAUAAUAAAGUGGACGAUUAUUACGACAGCAUCAACGCCAACAGCAAGAACCGUGGCAGUCCGCUGCUGUACCAACAGGUCCAGCAGCAGCAGCAGCAGAGCCCAGUGGACAGCCUGGAACGAUCCCUGCCCAGUGUGGCUUACCAUUUCCAUCGACGUGUCGUCGUCAAUCAGCAACAACAACGGGACAAUCGCAGCUACAACAGCCAGAGCUCGGCCGGCAGUAGCACGACGCCCAGCAAUAGUCUCUCCUAUCACCCUUGAGUUCCUCUUUAUUUGUUUGGCUUGUUUGCCUCAAAACAACUGAGCAAUUUAUUUAUACGUUUAAAUGUUUGUCUUUGUUUCCACGUGAGACAUUUAAAAAAGAAACCAAAGUUCCACCACCACCACCACCCAAUCCUCCCACCCAUCGUGAACAUUGACAUCAACUAACAGCAACAAAAGAUGUUUGGAAUACCUUGCCAGAUGUGAGUUGAUGUGAUAUCUAUUAACAACAAUUUAAAAAACAAAAAAAUGGAAUCAUGCGAGAAAGGAAAAAAACAUUGAAAAUUGAAUUUUUUACUUUACUGUCCUAUAUUUAAAUGCCCCUGAAUGUAAUCUCUCUAUCCCUUGGCAUCGUGUGUGAUGAUUAUAUAUAUUCAUAGCGGUAUACCACUUGUGAUAUUAUUAUAUGUGUAGCUCGGACUGGGUUUUUUCUGUCUUUACAAUUUUACCACCAUUUUAUCGUCUUGAUUUUGUUUUGUUCUCCUAUAUACGUGCAAAUAUGACAUUGCUUCUCAAAGCCUUGCCCUUUACAUUUUCCUUUGGUGUGACUCAUCACUUGUAAUAUUAUAUUGAUUAUGAUUGCUGCUGACACAGGCUAAUACUGUUGGCUACUACUUUUUUUUUGUUUUCUAUUUAGUGUUCUCUCGUAUCAUGAAAACUCAAUCCAUGUGUGUACAGGUUUCUUCUCCAUCAUUAUGUAAAAACGCCCGCGCGGAUCUCCUCAAGUCACUUUGAAAAUAAAAAAUGAAGAAAAAGAAUACACUACGAAUUGGACGUGAUUUCGAUCGAAAAAC